AUGUCAAGAAAAUUGGUAGCUCCGAAACGGUUGCACAGCAACAGCCGCAUAUCCGUUAUUCUGUGCGUACCACCAGAACAAGUAAUACAAGUAACAGUAACAGAUUGCAUGUCGCCAAAGAAAUGGUCUAAGAAUACAUUUGGCUGGGCCAGAGCGGAAGUUUUAGGUGCUUUGGUAAAUGCUGUUUUUUUAGUCGCAUUGUGUUUUAGCAUUACCGUGGAAGCAUGUAAAAGAUUUAUUGAAGUAGAAGAAAUACAUGAAGCUAAAUUACUUGUAGCUGUGGGUGCACUUGGGUUACUAGUAAAUGUAAUUGGGCUGUGUUUGUUUCAUGAACAUGGUCACAGUCAUGCACAUUCACACGGUAUAUCUCGAAGUCAUAACAGGCUUAGUUCGUUCGUUGGGACUGACGAUAACGAAAACGAUGAAGCUUAUAGGCCUUCGACACCUCAGGUGAAAAGGACACACGGUCAUUCGCAUGACGCCAGUCAAAUGAAUAUGCGCGGUGUGUUCCUUCAUGUACUCUCCGAUGCCUUAGGAUCUGUUAUUGUAAUCGUGUCUGCUUUAAUUGUUUGGUUGACGAAAUGGAAGUACAGGUUUUAUAUUGACCCGGCUCUUUCACUUUUGUUAGUUAUACUCAUUCUGCGGUCAGUGUGGCCGCUAUUACAAGAAUCAGCCUUAAUCCUUUUGCAAACUGUACCAACACAUAUUCAGGUUGAUGCUAUUCAACAACGCUUACUCGAAAAUGUUGAUGGUGUUCUGGCUGUACACGAAUUUCAUGUAUGGCAAUUAGCUGGCGACCGUAUUAUUGCUUCGGCACAUAUUAGAUGUAGAAAUCUGUCAGAAUAUAUGAAAAUUGCAGAACAGGUUAAAGAAUUUUUUCACAACGAAGGCAUACAUUCUACUACCAUACAACCAGAAUUUAUCGACUAUCAAUCUAAUAGUGAAAUUAAAGAAACACCAACAGAAGAUUGUGUACUAGACUGUCCAAAAACCGACAAGCCUUGCAAUCAUGCCACAUGUUGCGGUCCUUCUAAACAGGGCCGUGAAACUCCUUCGCCCGGAGAAACGCCAUAUAUGUGCAGACAGCGCAAUAGUCUCGCACGCUCAACUGGAUCUAUCAGAGGAACAGAACAACAAGAAGUAAAUGAAAUGGAACGCGGACAUUUACUAUCGUUGCCCGCCUCGCAUAAUUCCGUCCAACUUCCGCAUUCUCAAGUUAAUACACCAGUUGUCUAAGUUGUCAAUCGUAUUAUCCAUACCUACCUCUAUAACAACAUCUGCGGCGCGUUACAAAGUUAUUAUAAAAAUUUCAAUAAACUGAUAUACAUACAUACGAUUCGUUGUUAUUAAAGACGAAGAUAAAUCUUUAUAAUCUAUAUCUACAAAUGAUUACAGACGCGUAAAUUAUAACAUAGUAAUAUAUAGAAUGUAUUAUUUGUACAAGAAGUUACUAUUUGUAUUUGUAUUUACCGCAAAAAUACCACGAUUGUGUUAUAUUUAGCACUUUCUUUUGGAUAAACCUUUUCGCCGCACGUUUCACGCCAUAUCACCUUUAUGUAAUUAUCGACACUCGAGGAAGCGUUUAUCAAUCAUCAGUCGAAUGCGAAACCGAGCCAGGCACAUCUCUGAUCGUCUUCAUCUCAUCACUAAUAUGUUGUAACUCCAAUAUUUUUUAUACUAAAAUACAAGCUCUAUAUA